AUGGCACCAACAACUAAGAAGGCUAAGAAGACCGCCGACUCCAUCAACAGUCGUUUGGCUCUUGUCAUGAAGUCCGGAAAGGUCACUCUCGGAUACAAGUCUACUCUCAAGCAACUCCGAUCUGGAAAGGCCAAGCUCGUCAUCAUUGCCGGAAACACCCCUCCUCUCCGCAAGUCUGAGCUCGAGUACUACUCCAUGUUGUCCAAGACUCAAGUUCACCACUUCUCCGGUAACAACAUUGAGCUCGGUACUGCUUGCGGUAAGCUCUUCAGAUGUUCCACCAUGGCUGUCUUGGAUGCUGGUGAUUCCGAUAUUCUCUCUAGCCAAGCUGCAUAGAUUAGGAAUAUCAAUCAUUAGCAUUGGUUGUUGAGGUGGAGAAAUUCUAGAUGAAGGAACAAGAUCAGUCAUGAUUGAUUAAUCUUUGACAUGUAUCAGUAUGCACAUCUUGCAUAGCUUUAUAGCAUCACAAAAUGAUAUACCUUGAUUCUAGGAAACUGUUUCUACUCUUUUAUCUAUUGAAUGAUGGUCCUAUAUUGUCUGUGUUGAUAUGCGUGUAACCCGAUUCAUGUUCAUGUUCA